UGUAUAUGUUGGAAAAAACUCGGAUCGGGGUUUAAACUCUUCUUCGGAUUGGGUUCCGUUACGGGUCAUUGAGAGCCUGGGGAUUUGAGAGGUUAAAAGAGACAUUGGAGGUUCUUUAUAUGGAAAAAAGUUCCGUGGAAAAAAUAGGAUUUGGGUCGAAUCAUUCCGGGUUUGGGUAACCUCUUUAAAGCUAAAUUUUAAAGAGCGAUUAAAAUUAAAUUUAAAGGAGCGAUCUAUUUUGAAAAAUAAAAAUGAACAUUCACCAAUUGAUUCUACAGAAUUGCAAAAAAUUGAUCAAAAAGAGCAAAGGCGAAUAUACAGCGUUUCUAAAGAGACGAAAUUAUGGAACGUGAACCUUUUUUAAAAACAAAGAAAAAUACACAGAAAUCAAAAAAUCUCAAAAAUUUUAACAAAAAACAAAAGAAUCAACGCCCAAUUUCUCGUUGGAAAGCUCAAAGGGAUGGACUUUUACAUGAUGACAGUGAGGAUGAUUAUGAGGAUAGAUGAGGGAGACUAUCUUUAGGAAAUUUUUUGGUAAAAUGUUUAAAGACCUUUCCUAUAUUUUUUUGGUUGUGUGAAUUUAAUUUUUCUCUCGUUUUUUUAAUAUAAAUUUGAAAAAAAUUUUUUUAAUUUUUAUUUUGGAGAAUUUUAACAAAUAUAUAAGUAUCCGGAAAGAGGUAAAGAUAGACAAAAAAUACUGGCUGAAAGUGUUUAUAAAAAUCAGAAUUUUGGAUGAUUAGUUGUUGUAAAGUGGGUAUGACUGGGUCGAGAAGGAAGUCGAAUCGGAUUUUCUAAAUUUCCUUCAGGUCGGGUAUAGGGUCAAAAAAGUCAUGGUCUCUAUGAUUCGACUCGUCCCUGCUUGGAACUCCCCGAUUGGAACUAAAAUUCAAAAAUUGAACAUUUAUUCGAAUAGGAUUGUGCUUUUUCUAC